CAGCUGCAGUCAGGGUCCCUGGAGACGACCGAUUUGACGUUACUGUUGUUAGUGAUGGGUCAGACUGGGCCGAAGAACCUUCAGUUGCCGAUGGCACAUAUGCCAUUGAGAUCUUCGUCGUUUCAGCUUUCAAGUCCGAGUAAAGAUUAACACUGUUGGAUAACUAUCAGGUCACAUUUUCAGUGUGCUGAAUCCUAAUGCCUUGGAAAUGUUGGCACCAGAAAUUGGCUCCACAAAUUCUACAUCUGGAAACAAUUUACCAACAGAUGAGCAUGACGCACCAUCAACGUCCACGGGCACAGAAAAAGCUCCUUUGAUACUGAAGUAUAGCAUAUUCAAUACCUUGCGGAGGGUUCUUGGUGGAAAGAGGUGUGGACCUACUGCAGACAGUGGUUAUGUGGAGUUUGGUAUUGAUACCGCAGCUAAUGGAAGGACGCUGGGAACCUUUGCGGGUGUGUUCAGCCCAGUAGCACUGUCUAUGUUCAGUGCCUUAUUGUUCCUAAGGGUUGGCUUCCUUGUGGGUAAUGCUGGCCUCCUGGUGACAUGGCUACAGUUUGUGAUAGCAUAUGGCAUUCUACUGUUUACAGUAGCGUCAGUGUGUGCGGUGUCCACCAAUGGCGCUGUGGAAGGUGGAGGAGCUUACUUUAUGAUUAGCAGAACUUUAGGUCCUGAAUUCGGUGGUUCAAUAGGGACCCUGUUUUUCUUUGCAAAUGUAGUUAGCAGUGCUCUCUACAUAAUUGGCUGUGCGGAAGGACUUGUAGAAAAUUUUGGACCAUCAGGUUACUUGUUAGAAGAUGUUUUGCCAGAUGGAAAGUGGUGGCGUUUCUUGUACUGUUCUGCGUUGAAUGUUCUCAAUCUCCUUGUAUGCGUCAUUGGUGCUGGAAUGUUUGCAAAAACAAGUGUUGCUAUCUUGGCUAUUGUUUGUAUAUGCCUUGUCUCUGUCGUGGUCAGUUUUUUGGCAGCACCAGCAGCCCAGAUAGCUAUUCCAGACACAAAUGAUGUUGUUCAAAAUGCUACUUUUCAUGUGAAUGCAACAUACACUGGUUUCUUUGUGAACACCUUAAAGAAUAACUUAUAUCCUGAGUAUGGCGAAGACUACACCUCGAAGGGCGAUUUAGUAACUUUUGCGACUGUGUUUGGAGUGCUGUUCAGUGGUGUGACCGGGAUUAUGGCUGGUGCUAACAUGUCAGGUGAACUUCGCAACCCUGCUCGCAACAUACCUCUUGGUACACUCUCUGCAGUUGGCUUCACUUUUGUCUGCUACGUUAUACUUUCAUUUUUGACAGCUGCUACUUGCUCUCGUUUUCUGUUGCAAAACAACUAUCUAUUUAUGAUGCAAAUCAACCUUUGGCCGCCUUUUGUAACCGUUGGAAUUUUGACUGCUACAUUCUCUGCAAGCCUGAGUAAUCUCAUCGGAUCUAGUCGUGUGCUUGAAGCAUUAGCCAAGGAUAAUGUAUUUGGUGUGUUGCUUGGCUUUGUAAGUCGUGGUGUGUGGAAAGGAAAUCCACUUGCUGCAGUAAUGCUGUCUUGGCUGCUGGUUGAACUGAUGCUGUUAAUUGGCUCAUUGAACGUGAUUGCCCAAAUUAAUUCUGUAUUGUUUCUCCUCUCAUACCUUGCAUUAAAUUUAGCAUGCCUUGGUUUAGAACUUGCAUCUGCUCCAAACUUCAGGCCUUCAUUCAAGUUUUUCACUUGGCAUACUGCUUUGAUUGGGCUUUUGGGAACGCUCAUAAUGAUGUUUGUAAUUAAUGCCAUCUAUGCUUCAUCGAGCAUAGUUCUGUGCCUCAUGCUGGUAGUGCUCCUUCAUCUGUUUUCACCAUCAAAAACUGCCAAUUGGGGGUCAAUAUCACAGGCACUGAUUUUUCACCAGGUGCGAAAAUAUCUUCUGCUUCUGGAUUCUCGUAAGGAUCAUGUAAAAUUUUGGCGGCCUCAGAUGUUGUUGAUGGUGGGGAAUCCAAGUUCCGCAUGCCCCCUCAUUCAUUUUGUAAAUGACCUGAAGAAAAGUGGGCUGUAUGUCUUGGGUCACGUCAAGGUCGGCAGAUUGAAUGAUUUUGAUGUAGACCCAACUUUGGAAGAAUACACACAUUGGCUGACUGUCAUUGAUCACUUGAAGGUUAAAGCAUUUGUUGAACUGACUGUGUGCACCUCAGUAAGGGAAGGACUGCAACAUCUUAUUCGUAUGUCAGGACUUGGAGCUAUGAAACCAAAUACAAUUGUUCUGGGUUUCUAUGAUAAUGAAAUACCGGUUGACUUUUUUAAAAGUGAUUCACACUAUCAGACAGAUUUGUUUAAAGAUGUGUCAGGAGCAAACCACAGACGGCUGUUUGCGAUUCGCUCAUCAGGAGAUGAAAGGGAGAUAGAUGUCUGUCAGUUUGUUGGUAUGGUGACAGACACAUUCAAAAUGAGAAAAAACCUGUGUUUGUGCCGUUAUUUCCACAAUCUUGAUAAAAAUGAAUUUACAAAGUCUUCAUGCAUUGAUGUUUGGCCUAUAAAUUUCUUCAAUCCUGGAAAUGACGACCCAUUUGACACCACAAGUCUUUUUAUGCUGCAGCUCUCUUGUAUCCUGAAAAUGCUGCCCGGCUGGAAGAGCCUUCAGCUACGAGUGUUUAUGUGUCAGAGUCAUCAGCCUCGUAUGUCCAGUGAUCAGUCUGGACUUUCGAGUGUAAAUGAAAAUUACAUGCGUCUGGAGCAACUUCUACAACAGCUGCGUAUUUCAGCAUCGAUACACGAGGUGCCAGGUUGGUCUGACCUGUCGAACAUGCUAAAUGGAUAUUCUGUGAUGCAGAGCUCAGAUACAGCGUCAAAGUCGUACAUAUUCAGUGUGAACCAGAUGGUGCAUCAACUUUGUUCAGAAACUGCAGUGACGUUCCUGUACCUUCCAAAGCCUCCGACAUUGAGUGGAGUCGAAGAAGAAUUGGUUUAUCCCAGAUAUUUGCAACUUCUUACUGAAUUGACUUCAAAUUUGCCUCCCACAAUACUUGUACAUGGUGUGAGUGCCGUCACAUCUACUACUUUAUGAUUGACGCCGGUGAUUGACAAAAUUGUGAUGUUUGCAGUGACCAGGCAGUUGUCGAAGACAAUCCUGUGGUUUUAUUUAAGUGCAUUAUUCAAUAAUCUUGUACAAAUCAUGUUAAUGGGCAGCUGAAUUUUGUUACACUGCUGUUACAUGGUUCAAAUAGAGAUUAUAAAUUAAUAGAUGCAUAUGAAGUUAUUUUUUGAAUAUAUAUCUGUAGUGAAAUUUUAAAUUGUUACAUGGGUCUGUUUUGUUAACACAGAUAAAAUUCUCUUUCUAAUAAUUUUUCAUUUUACAAAUUUGUAUUAUUUGUAAAAUAUAAAUCAGUGAAAAGUUAAUACAUUCCUUAUGAGAGCUAAUUAAAAUUGCUUCAUAAGCUAGUAGUGUGCUUCAGAUAAAACUUAAUGUAUUAAAUAAAUAUGUAAGUUUUACCAUUGUCAUUAUGGAUGUUUUGCAAAGUUACCGUUCAAUACCUCUGAUUAUAAAAAAAAAUUCUUUUUUUUUUUUUCAAUUGUAUGCUUUUUAAACACCUACUCUUGUAUGAAAUAUCAUAAGCUAAUAGCAUAAGAUUGUUUAGUGGUCUGCUGAUAGUAUCAGUGAAAUAUUUUCUGUAUUUCAGUACAUCUGUAAAAUGCUUAUUAAAGCCAAAGUAAGCUAAAAGCUUUAAUAUCAAUAAAAAUUGUAGAUUGUUAAAUUAUGACUUCAAAUAUGCCCAACUGUAUAUCUUUGUAUUAACUUGAGGGAUUUGGAAUCAUAUACUUAGUUCUUAAUUUAUUCUUUGUGUUGAUUUGAAAAUAUUAACCUUUUGUUUGUAAGUGUAAUAGUUUUGUCUUAUUGAGCUCAGUAUUACCGUAGUACUUGACACAUAAAAUAAAGUUAUAAUGUGCAUUCCAUUUACUCCCAUUAGUUUUUAAGUUAUGUGAUAGUGUAAUAUAUUUUCAUCAAAAAUUGUAAUGGAACUUAUCCCUCGCAAAGUGCAGGGUUUUAUUGUAUAAUGACUAUUAUUAUGUUAUGGAUUUUCUUUACUUAUAUAGAAAUAUGCUUUUCUGAAAGUUAUUUUACAUAAUGUUUGAGAGGAUUGCGAGGAUUGCUUGUUACUUAUUAGAAUACUUUAAUUUUUAGUAUUUUUAUUCUCCUUAAGAUCUGUAGUUCAGAAAUUAAAUAUUUUACAGUUGCAGAAAGCUUCUGUUCCAUACUGUAAAAAAAAAAUAUGAAUGGGAAUCCUGCUAAUCCGAAACUCCGGCUAGUCCAAAUAAGUAUGGUAAAAUUAAAUAUGUAAUUAAUUAUUAACAUAUUUAGUUAUUUCGUUCUUGUAAAAAUGUUAUAAUCUGUGUGACAUGAUAACUUAAUGCUUACAGAGAUGUAUUUUACUACAUGCUUUUGCAUUACGGCAAUUAUUCUGCUAAUUGGAGAAAAUGGUAAUCUUAACAGGUCUCGGUUCCAAGUAGUUCAGGAGAGCGAGACGUCACUGCACUUUUAUUUUGUUGUGAGUCAGGGGGUUAUGUUUUCAAAUGGGCGCCACCAUACGAAAGGGCACACGGACCCGGCAGAGACUGCUCUCAGGGUGUGAUUUUGCCCGUGUGGGAGCGAGAUUCGGACCGUCAGUCUCACGAAUGAGUUAAAUAAUAACUAAUUAAGCAGCCUGCCGACUGAGGCAAGCCCUGAGGAUGAAAAGAAAGUGAUAUAGAUUAUUUACACAUAGAAAACAGAAUUAAUACUCAGUGAUGUCACCGGAUGAAGUCCCCGGGGUGCCGAUGCGUCUUACCUCGGCCGGUGAUGAUGUCAGACUGGACUCUACAGAGUAACGUGGCAUCUUCGCGCUGAGCAAGGAAUCCGUGGGUUAUAAGUGAUGAACACACAAGACACUUUCGCAAUUGAGUCACGUUCUUUCACGCCCUGGACACUUAGUAGCAAACAGAAGUUUAGUAUUUAAUAUCUAAAAUUUCGCCCGAGUUCGGGUCCGUUCGGGACUGUUAGACUCCGUCUUUGUUCAGGAUACAUAAUUAAUUAAAUUGCAAUAAAAACAGGAUGCUUUAAGCCAGUCUGCUGAAAGGCAGACACUCGGGGACAAAAAUGAAAAGUUACAGUUAUAUUACUCAUUUGUUUACAAGAGGUACGAAGCACUACAUGACGGGAAGCCUUCUUUUCACAGACGAGAGAGCCAAACGCCCGAUCGUGCAUCUUCGGGUUUUUUUUUUGUUCAUUGUAAAUAAAUAUGGCGGUGUUGAUAAAAGGAUACUAAUGGUCAAUUAGAUUAGGUUAGCUACAUUAUAAAUACUUUAAAACAUUGUGGACGGUAUAUUUGGUUAGGAUAGCUACAUUAAAGAUACGGGGAAAAAAAAGCGAGCAUGAACUUCGGCUCUUUCGUCUGUGAAAUGAAGGCUUCCCCUACAUGACAGGGUGUCUUCCGACGUCGUGGUUCAGUGUUUGAAUACACAUGAUUACGUACGACGGUGGCACAGAUGCCAGGAAAGAUGGCUACGGUCGGGGAAGGGAGAGGAGUCUAACCAGGCGUGUGGGGGCAAAGCCCCAGUCAACCUCAGUUUCAGCCAGGAAUUCAAGGUUUGGAAGAAGGUGUUACUGAACCACAAGGUCUGUGAAGCAAUGAAAUAUGUAACCUACUGAGUCAUGUCUUCUCCUCUGUUCUACUUUACAGCAGUAAGAGGAAGUUAGCUAUGACUAUAACUCACUAUACAGUGGUAUUACUGCAAGUUGAUCAGAAGUGUGUGUGUGUUUGAAAUGUUAAUGUGCUUAGUGGUGUUCUUUUCAUUAAUGCAGUCAUAUGUACAUGUCACUUGUGAAAGUCAAUGGCUGUGAAUUCCCCCUAUUCAUACGUAAACCACCAUUCAUGCACUAGCUACUACCACUCCUUGGGGCAUAGAUGAUGUGGUGGAGCAAUAAGUGUGAUGUUUAAAUGUGACAAUAGUUUAUAAUAUUAAAUUUUCUUUUACGCUUUUGUAAUUUAAAAUUAGUAGUACUGUAGUUUUGGUACAUAAGUUUUUUCUAAAUAUUGUGACAAGUUAACCAUGGACAUUUAUUGGUAAAUAAAAGUUAUAAAAUAUGUUAAUGUUCAUACCUAGUUACAUGUAGCAAUAUUUUUCUCAUAUUACUUUGUAUACACAAUUUUGCAAUAACUCUGUAAAGCCAACAUUGCUUGCUGUUUGUGAGUAGGUUUAUAUGCGAGGAAUUUUGGUGUUAUAAAUCACGUGUUUAGUGUGAAAAUAAUAAGUGGAUGGCAAUAACGACCGAGGUAAAACAUUUAUAUGAUGAGGAGACCGAACUGGUGAUAGUGUAAGCCCGACCCUGAGCGUUAGUUGUACAGAAUGUUCGGAAAUUGCAGGGCAUCGUUCUAGUGAUAUUGCAAAACAAGCUAUUUUGGUUAAGGAACAUGUUUCCAGAAACGCAACCGUGCAAAGUUACAGACACACACAGUAGCAUGCAAAUUUGAAUUUUGUUAGCGUGAGGGCACUACUCCAUUGGCUGAGAGGACAUGAUUCCAGUACGGUAAAGUUAAACGCUCCGCGGGGCGCAGACAGUUAAAGUUAGUCAAACACACUAGCAUCCAGCAGUCUGGUGUACAGCACGAUGGUUAGUUGUGGUACAUUUAAAAGUUUGGCUUUGGGAGAUCAGCACAGUGUUGUGAUUACAGAUUUUACAUUUGCAGAGAGGGCCGAUAUGUGUAUAGGGAGGUAAAAGGAAUUUCAGCAGAAUCAGUGCGCUUUCUCAACAGAAGUGUACCAAAUAGGACCUUCACUGGGAGUUUGAUACCACAAAGGGUGAUGUACACUGGAUAGCUGGUUGCUAGUGCAUGUGGCUAACUCUAAACUCCUGCUCCCAGUUCGAUGCCUGCUUCCCACGGACCACUUGAACAUGAAAGUGCUGCAGUCGUGUGUCCUCUCAGCCAAUGGGGCAGUGGUCAGGUGUGUGCCAAUUUUAAAUUUGCGCGGAACUGUUCAUGCCUGUAGUUUUGCAGAGUUGCAUGUCCAGGCUUAUAUUCCUUGACAAAAAUAGUUUUUUUUUUUUUUUUGCAUUCCAUGUCACCUAUUAAAUUUAUACCUAGUAAUUUCCAAACAUCCUGUAGUUUUCAAGCACAGAGUCAACACACAAAUUGUAUGCAAUAUACUUAAAUCAAAAUGUUACAUUACCUUAUAACACUUAACUUUUCCAUGCAUAACUAUGCAGUGUAAAAUAGCAGCGGUGUAUGUUUCAGUUACAUAUUCAUGCACUUGCCUUUAUUUACAGUUGCAAGAUGAAUUUAUCUAUGUAUGUAGUGUCUUUGUACAUAUAUGUAACAUGUUCCGGAGAAGGAAAUGUGAUUGUUUGAUAAUGAGACAGUAUGUGGCCUACAUUUUUUACACUUUGUAUAAUAUCUGUAUUUGUAAUCCUACAAGUGAAAAACUUUCUUAUGUUUUAAAUAAAGAUUUAAAAAAAAUA